AAUUGUUGGUGUGUGUGUGUUUUUUUUUUUUUUUUUUUUUUAGCUACACACGUGAAAACAGAUGACAGAGGGAGUCAUUUUUAGGUCUCGCGCUCCGACGUCACCAGAACCUCGAGCCCCUGCAUGCAAAUCACGUCUGCGCUCGAGCCUCUCCAUUGGCCGUCUCUCGCUCAUUUAGCUGCUGUCAAAGCGCGCGGCCCGGGCACGCUCCGGGAACUUUUCCCAGUCCAGCUUCAACCAAAGUAAAAGCUCCAACAAGCGGUUUCCAUUCUUCUCGGCGCUCGCGGAUGACAGGAAAAAGGCGAAAGGGGGAGCGCGGAGCAGGUUUACCUCUGAGUGGAUUUCAUCCUGAGACUAGAGCAUUUUCCAUCCAUCUCUCUCCGUUUCCGUCACUCUUUAUCUCCUCUCCCUCGGAGGCUCAGCCUGAAUGUUUCUGUGUCUUUGACUGGUGUCCUACCAAGACCAGGUGAAUGUACAGCAUCAUGAUGGAAACGGACUUACAUUCCCCCGUGGUGCCCCAGACCAAUCCAUCUAACCCGGGGGGACACGCGGGAGGAGGAGGCGGCGGCGGCGGCGGGGGGGCCGGAGGCAAAGUCCCCCAGGAGAGGAUCAAGAGACCCAUGAACGCCUUCAUGGUGUGGUCCCGGGGCCAGCGGAGGAAAAUGGCCCAGGAGAACCCCAAGAUGCACAACUCGGAGAUCAGCAAGAGGCUGGGCGCGGAGUGGAAGGUGAUGACGGAGGCCGAGAAGAGACCGUUCAUCGAUGAGGCCAAGCGGCUCCGGGCCAUGCACAUGAAGGAACACCCGGACUACAAGUACCGGCCGCGGAGGAAGACCAAGACGCUGCUGAAGAAGGACAAGUACUCGCUGGCCGGCGGGCUCCUCGGCUCCUCGGCGGGCGUGGGGAUGGGCGGCCAGCGGCUCGAGAGCCCCGGAGGGGGCCACGCGGGGGCAAACGCGGGCUACGCCGCGCACGUGAACGGCUGGGCGAACGGCGCGUACUCGGGCCAGGUGGCGGCCGCGGCGGCGGCGGCUCACGCCAUGAUGCAGGAGGCGCAGCUGGCGUACACGCAACACCCGGGCUCCGGGGCUCACCCGCACCACCCGCACCCGCACCACCACCCCCACCACCACCACCCGCACAACCCGCAGCCCGUGCACAGGUACGACAUGAGCGCCUUAUCUUACAGCCCCAUCUCAAACUCUCAGAGCUACAUGAGCGCGUCUCCCCCGGGCUACGGCGGCAUCACCGGCUACACUCACCAGCACCAAAGCUCCGGUGUCUCCCCCGUGUCCGGAGCGAUCGGGGGCACCCUGGGGUCCCUCGUGAAAUCUGAGCCUAGCGUGAGCCCGCCGGUCUCCACCGCACGCGCGCCGCCGUGCCCCGCGGGGGACCUGCGGGACAUGAUCAGCAUGUAUCUGCCGAGCGGCGAGGCUGCGGGGGACUCGUCCGUUCAGAGCAGACUGCACGUGCUCCACCCGCAGCACUACCAGAGCAGCGGCUCCACUCCGGUAAACGGGACGGUUCCUCUGACGCAUAUUUAAAUCGAAAUGUACCAUAGGCACUACAACAAACCACAACCAAAUAUUUAAACUCUAGAUGUGGACGCAGGCUGCUGACGAAUUGUAAAUUAUAGGCGUUUAUAGCCAUAAAAAUGCAAUCACUUUGAACAAACUUUUUUAUUGUUAUUAUUUUCUUUCAGUGAUGGAUUUUUUUUCAUUUUUUUCUUUUUUUUUUUGUCUGUCCGAGCUAAAGGAAAGCGUAUCCGAUUUACUCCUGCUCUCUGGAACAGAGCAUGCCAAGUGUUGACACGAUUUAAAUUAUAAUCCGUGAAGGCUGGUGCAUUUUUGAGGGUUAUUUCCCCGACUUUUUUCUGUGGAGUUCGAGGCACCAGCUGCGUGUGUUUGAGGGAUCCUUAAAAAAAAGCUUUUUUUUUUUUAAAAGAGGGAGGCGUAUAAUAAACGGAGGGCGGUGUGGAAGAUGUGUUUUAAAAGUUUCUAGGCUGCAGUUUAAAUUGAUUUCCGGUUUUAAUGCUUGUAAAACAUGUGAGUCGGUCGGUGUAAUUUGAAUUUGUUUCUGUUGUUGUAAAAUCUUGUAAAUUGUGAAUAAAUAGGCCUACUGGAAACGCUUUUA